AUGGAUCAGCAAUUUGUGUCACAAUUGGAGCAGUUGCUUAAUGCCAUUAUUCAGCCCAACUCUGGGUCACUGAAAGAGGCUACAAAAACUUUGCAGUCGCAGUUCUACACUCAGCCUGCCGCCCUUCCUGCCUUACUCCACAUACUACAUAGUGGUGCUGACGAUGGUUUGAAGCAGUUAGCCGGUGUGGAGGCUAGAAAACUCGUCUCAGCUCAAUGGAGCGCUCUAGACGGCUCUCUUCAGGCUGAGAUAAAGAGCUCUUUGCUGAGCAGUGCGUUUUCUGAGCCCAAGGAAAUAGUGCGUCACGCCAACGCCCGUGUGAUUGCUGCGAUCGGCAACGAAGAACUUGAUGAGAAGAAGUGGCCUGAACUGGUACCAAGUCUGAUUCAAGCCGCCUCAGGAAAUGACGGCAAAACUGCUGAAACCGCAGUUUUUGUGCUCUUAUCCCUCCUUGACAAUAUGAACCCGGAAUUGAACUUGUACAUUGGAGACUUUUUGAAUUUAUUUGCUCAUACCAUGGGUGACGGAUUCACGUUGGAAACAAGAUCUUUGUCGGCACAGGCCAUGAACCAAGUUUCAAAUUUGAUAGAAGAGGAGGGCCAAAUUAAUCCAGGAUACGCUACAAAAUUUUCUGCUUCGAUUCCUUUAGUUGUGAAUGUCUUGGAAGCGGUCAUUAAGGCUGACGAUACCAACAACACCAAGUUGAUCUUCAACUGUCUCAAUGACUUUCUAUUACUGGACUCUCAACUAACAGGUAACAGUAUCGUUGACCUGAUUAAACUGUCCUUGCAAAUCGCUGUGAACAAGGACGUUGACGAAGAGGUAAGAGUUUUCGCGGUACAGUUCGCAACAUCGGCCUUAUCCUUCAGAAAGUCUAAAAUCAUACAAGCCAAGAUGGGACACGAAAUCACCAUGGCUGCACUCAGUGUGGCUUCCGAGGAGAUUGAUGUCGAAGACGAAUUGAACAAUGAAGAUGAGGCGGGAGAAAACGAGGAGAAUACUCCUUCUUUGACCGCCAUCAGACUUUUGGCCUUUGCAUCGUCUGAGCUUCCUCCAUCUCAGGUUGCUGUACCAAUUGUCGAGCACUUGAGCGCCAUGCUUCAAUCUUCCAACCCAUUCGAGAGAAGGGCCAUUCUUCUUGCUAUCUCUGUUGCGGUGACGGGUUCUCCAGACUAUGUUCUGUCUCAGUUGGACAAGAUCAUCCCUGCAACCAUUGCAGGCUUGAAGGACAGCCAUCCCGUCGUUCAACUGGCAGCUUUGAAGUGUAUCUCUCAGCUGACAACAGAUUUGCAAGACGAAGUUGCUAAAUUUCAUGAAGAGUACUUGCCUUUGAUCAUGGGAACAAUUGACUCGGCUAAAAAUGUUGUCAUUUACAAAUACGCCACGGUCGCUUUGGAUGGUCUACUCGAAUUCACUGCUUACGAGGCGAUAUCCAAAUACCUAGAACCGUUGAUGAACAAGUUAUUUUACAUGCUUGAUUCUAAUCAAUCCUCGAAAUUAAGGGCCGCCAUUGUUUCUGCCAUUGGUUCUGCAGCUUUUGCCGCCGGAUCUGCUUUCUUGCCUUACUUCAAAACUUCAGUCCAGUAUUUGCAACAAUUUAUCGAAAACUCAGGUCAAAUCGAGGGCAUGUCUGAAGACGACAUUGAACUCAGAUCAUUGACUUUUGAAAAUAUAUCCACUAUGGGAAGAGCUGUAAGAUCUGAAGCUUUCCAUGAAUUCGCGGAGCCUCUGCUCAACUCCGCUUACGAGGCCAUCAAAACCGAAUCGGCUAGGCUCAGAGAGUCUGGUUACGCUUUUAUUGCCAACAUGGCCAAGGUUUACGGGAAAGAUUUUGCACCCUUCUUGGCUACCAUUUUGCCAGAAAUUUUCAAGACUUUGGAACAGAAAGAAUACCAAUUCAACAUCGACGAGGAUGCUGAAGACUUGGCUGAUUUAGAGGCUGAUGAUCUCCAACAAAAAUUCACGGUCAACACUGGUAUCUCCUACGAAAAAGAGGUUGCCGCUGCAGCUCUUUCCGAAUUAGCCGUUGCCACUAAGGAGAACUUCUUGGAGUACGUGGAACAAUCUCUGAAGGUUUUGAACGAGCAGGUUGAGGAAUCAUACGGUUUGAGAGAAACUGCUCUCCAUACGAUAUGGAAUAUUGCCAAGGCUCUUCUUCAAACCGCUAGUGUCAAGGAGGAAGAGUACCCUGUUGGAGUUCCUUCCGGUUCUUAUAUCGAUAGCAACGUGCUAACUGUUGUUCAAAGCAUCAGAGCCACUUCUUUGGACAACUUGACGGAGGAGUUCGAAACUUCGAUGGUAAUUACCAUCUUAGAAGAUUUCGCGGAGAUGAUCAAAAAGUUCGGUGCUAUUGUGGUAAUUGACAAUGGCGACUCUUCUUCUCUAGAGAGAUUGUGUGUUGAAGUUAUGAACGUCCUAAAGGGUAGUCACGCUUGUCAAACAAUUGACUACGAAGAAGAUAUUCCUGAGGACGAAGAUGUGGAUGCGUCGGAGACAGAAGCCGCUCUAUUGGACUGUGCCUUGGAAGUUUUGGUGAGCCUCUCUUAUGCAUUGGGUGCGGACUUUGCAAAGGUUUUUGAAAACUUUAAGCCGAUUGUAUUGAACUUAUUCCAGUCCAAAUCAAAGAACAAGAGAUCCGCUGCUGUGGGUGCUAUCUCUGAGAUUGCUGAGGGUCUAAAGGAGCAAAACCCAUUUAUGCAAAGCCUGCUCGAAGCCUUGAUUGUUAGAUUGACUUCAGACAAAUCUCUCGAAGUCAGGGGUAACGCCGCAUAUGGUGUUGGGCUUCUAUGUCAAUAUUCUUCGUUCGACGUAUCUGCCAUCUACGAGCCUGUGCUGAGAGCCAUGUACGAACUGCUGAGUACAGCCGACCAAAAGGCCCUUGCUGCCGAAGAUGAUGAAGCAACAAGAGAGAUCAUUGACAGAGCUUUUGCAAACGCUACCGGCUGUGUCGCCAGAAUGACCUUGAAGAACGAGGCGCUAGUUCCUUUGGAACAUACCCUACCAGCACUCUUGAAUCACUUGCCUUUGAACACGGGCUACGAAGAGUACGACCCAAUAUUUGAAUUGAUCAUGAAGCUCUAUCAAUCCAACAACAACUUGAUCAUCAAUGAAACUGCCAAAGUUAUCGAUUUUUUCGAAGCCGUCUUCACCAAGGAAGCCGAGAGAGUCAAACUAGAACAAGAAUCUACCUUGGGAAGAGAAGAGAACAUGGACAGAAUGAAGCAGUUCCAAUCUGCUGAGAUUCAGACUAAGGUUGUUGACCUGCUCAAAUAUCUCAACACUACUUACAACGGUGUCGUUGCCCAAAAGCCCGUGUUGGCGCAGGUUAUCGCUUAA